CCGCAUGAUGGGUCGAAAUUGGUUCGCGCUGCUGACCCACAUCGCGCCGCCUUAAAACGAACCCCGCCACGGCAGGACCACUGCAGUCCGACUCAGCAUGGCCACCAAGACGCCGACUACCACCGUGCUCCUCCUGUUCGCCGCCCUCCUACAGGUGCAUUCGGCACGCGCCGCGGUUGCCGACCAAGUGGCCGACAGCACCGACAUCGCAAAUCAGAUCGUUCAGCAAUUGCAAUCACUAGGCCACCACAAAUAUCCCCCAGCCAUGACUUCAGCUCGGUCUGCCAACCACGUCGCAGCCAGCAAUGUUCAUUACGAAGCCUCGCCGUAUUACGAGCCGUAUGGAAACCCGCACGACUCGCCCACCUACAUCAAAUUCCACGAGCCGGAGCCCACCAUGGACCCCAACAUCACGCCCAGCGGCAUUAACGUCAACGCUGCCCUCGGAUAUAUUUCCUACCUCGUCCUGCUCGUCCUUUUGCAGAGUGCAGUGGAAGGCGUCGCUGCGAGGUCGGGUCGUCGACGCCGAUCUGUGGGCGGCGCCAGCAGCGAGGACCUCUUGGGCCGUGGUUUGGAGCUUAUGAACGAGGUGGGACUGCUGCACCAGGACAGUCUAGCCGCGUUGCCCGAGCGUCUCUUGGCCAUGCUUGGCGAACAAGUCAACCAUCAGCAAGCAAAGAGCAAAGUCAGGUCGAACAAGAAUUUGAGAAAAAACAAAAAAUUUGGCAAACAGAGCGAAUGAUUUGCAUUUUCACGCACUGAUGAUCGCACAAAAUUUUAUUUAUUUUCAUGAAUAAUUUAUUCUGUCUGUGAGAGCGGAGAGCAAUUUUCGUUAGUAAAAUAGAGAGCUUCAACCGUAAAA